AUGGGUCAGCCUCCUAUCCCUCCCACUCCCGGUGAUGCUAGCGUCAGUGGCAAAACCAUCAUCGUCACCGGUGGAAAUGCUGGCUUAGGAUAUGAUGCUGCGAGACAAUACCUCACCUUAGGUGCUUCUCACAUUAUUCUGGCAUGCCGCUCCAUCACCAGAGGGCAAGAAGCCGCUUCCGCCCUCCGUGCUCAUCCUACCAUCAAAAGGACCAAUCCAAAUGCCUUUAUCGACGUGUUUGAGCUUGAUCUUGACGACUACCAGUCUGGACUUCGCUUCUCAAAUAGGGUGAAGUCUGAGAUCAAACAGCUUGAUAUCCUCCUGAAUAAUGGCGGACAGGUCUUACUAGAAUAUGAGAAAAGCAAAAGUGGUCAUGAGUGGAGCAUGCAAGUCAAUUGCUACACUCAUUUCCUCAUCUCCCUCGAACUGUUCCCUCUAUUGCGGUCGACCGCCGCAGCCAGAGGAGUACCCUCCCGCAUUACAUUUACGGGAUCCGCAACUCACAUCAAGCAAAACACACUCACCAGGAGGCCCAUAUCUCCCGAUAGUACGGUACUCGGGCACUUCGACGACGGAGCCAAUUUCGACAAGUUAUAUCGUUACGCAGAUACCAAGACCGUGGUCAACGCCUACGUCCGCCGCUUGGCUGCUCUGGCGCCGUCCGAAGUCAUAGUGAACAACGCUUGUCCUGGGCUUGUACAGACUGGUGUAGACAAGAACCUGCCCUUCUAUCUCAAGCUUCCUAUGGGGCUCAUCCGCAAAUCUACGGGUCGUACAGUUGCAGAGGGCGCUCGCACGCUGAUCUAUGCGACAGUCAUUGCGGGCCCUGAGACGAACGGCAAGUUUUUGCAGCAUAACCAGAUCGACUCUGGUGCCGCGUUUCUCAAUACUCCGGAAGAAUCGACUCAAGAUGUUGCUACUAUUGAUUCCGCACUUAGCUCUUAUGCUUGA